AUGCAGAUAUUUCCCUUCGAUGAUGAAUUUGAUAAUGGUGCAUUGAAAGAUGAUCAAGUUAUGGCUCAAAGAAUGAUUGAAGACCUGAUCUCCGUUAUGGAAGGGAGUCUAGAAGAGCCCGAAGAACCUCUACUAAAGGCAUUCCAACUGACAUGGAAGCAAAUAUCAGAGGCGCCCAAAGGUGUUCAGAAACGGUUCGCAAAAUAUAUGAAGGAAUUUUGUCGGGCCAAUCUGGAGCAGGUCCAGCGUCAACCAUCUGGCGACAUAGCAGAUAUCGAUGAGCUAACCGAUAUGAGACGCGGACUGAUUUGCACAACACCCAUUUUUGCGUUGAUUGAAUAUGCAUCUGACCUUGACCUGCCGGUUGAAGUGGUCGAUCACCCUGUUAUAGAAGAGCUUCGUGUUAUCAUCACCGAUAUUGUUUGGAUCCAAAACGACAUUGUCUCCUAUUUUAAGGAGCAGGACCUUGACGAAAAGCACAAUAUUGUGACUGCAUACCUGCUAAAGGGAUAUCCUCUCCAAGCCGCAUUCGAAAAGUCCGGCAAUUUACUCCAGUCGCGCUAUCGUGACUGGUAUCGCAAUUUUGCCCAGCUUCCAUUCUGGGAGGAGAAUAUUGAUCGUCAGAUCGAUACUGGUAUGGCCAAAAUGACAAAGUGA